AUGCGUGGCCUUCGAUUGUGUCACGCUUCCCCAUCUUCCUUCAUUAGGGGAACCACGGAUGCAGCCAGACCUACCGAUCUCCCGGUUCUCUCAUGUCCUUUAACGCGGUUCAAGCGGCAGCGGCCGCCGACUAUAGAUAUCCCGCGUAAGGGCUGCUUCACGUCAUCGCCGGCCGGCACGCCGGAUUCGGCGGCGGAGGAUGCGCUGGACGGCGUGGUGGAGGUGGCGGAGAGCGGUGCGUGCUUCGCGGUGGCGUGCAAGCGAGGACGGAAGGCCGUGAUGGAGGACACGUACCAGGCGCUCAUGGGGUUCGCCGGGCGCGAGAGCGAUGCGUUCUUCGGGGUGUUUGAUGGGCACGGCGGCACAGCAGCCGCCAAGUUCGCGGCUUCCGAGCUGGCGAGCCACGUGGCGCAGGCAGCCGCGCGCACAGGGGCGCACGCGAGUGCGGCUGCGCUGAUGGAGGGGUACAUGGAGGCGGACAGGCGCUUCCUGGACCAGAACGUCACCAGUGGCACCAGCUGUCUCACCUGCUGGGCCACGCCUGGGCGGCUUUUGCUGGCGCAUGCGGGCGACUGCAAGGCGGUGCUGGUGAAGGGGGGGAGAGCGGUGGCGCUGACGGAAGACCACCGGGCGAGCAGGGAGGACGAGCAGGCCCGCAUCACCAGCCUGGGUGGCUUCGUGGACACGGCCACGGGCAUGCCCCGCGUGCAGGGCAUUCUGGCAGUGACGCGGGGCAUGGGCGAGCGGUUCAAGCGGCAGCGGCCGCCGACUAUAGAUAUCCCGCGUAAGGGCUGCUUCACGUCAUCGCCGGCCGGCACGCCGGAUUCGGCGGCGGAGGAUGCGCUGGACGGCGUGGUGGAGGUGGCGGAGAGCGGUGCGUGCUUCGCGGUGGCGUGCAAGCGAGGACGGAAGGCCGUGAUGGAGGACACGUACCAGGCGCUCAUGGGGUUCGCCGGGCGCGAGAGCGAUGCGUUCUUCGGGGUGUUUGAUGGGCACGGCGGCACAGCAGCCGCCAAGUUCGCGGCUUCCGAGCUGGCGAGCCACGUGGCGCAGGCAGCCGCGCGCACAGGGGCGCACGCGAGUGCGGCUGCGCUGAUGGAGGGGUACAUGGAGGCGGACAGGCGCUUCCUGGACCAGAACGUCACCAGUGGCACCAGCUGUCUCACCUGCUGGGCCACGCCUGGGCGGCUUUUGCUGGCGCAUGCGGGCGACUGCAAGGCGGUGCUGGUGAAGGGGGGGAGAGCGGUGGCGCUGACGGAAGACCACCGGGCGAGCAGGGAGGACGAGCAGGCCCGCAUCACCAGCCUGGGUGGCUUCGUGGACACGGCCACGGGCAUGCCCCGCGUGCAGGGCAUUCUGGCAGUGACGCGGGGCAUGGGCGACGCGCACCUCAAGGCGUUCAUCACGCCGCAGCCGGACGUGGCACACGUGCGCGUGGGAGCGGACUGCAGCGCUCUCAUCCUGGCUUCUGAUGGGCUCUGGGACGUGGUAGCGCCGCAAGACGCUGCUGACGUGGUCAUGGCUUGUGUUGGCACGGCAUUGGAGGCACGGGCAGCAGCGGGGAAAGCGCAGGCAGCAGAGAGGGAGGUGGGAUUAGCAGCCCGCCCUCCUUUCACACCUCCGUGGCUCGAUGCCCCGUCCGAACCGGCUGUAUGUGUGGGGCCACACGCUGUAGCAGCUGAGGGGCCAACUACUGUAGCACGAUUUCCACAAGGAAGUGUAGCGGUUCUGGUAGACAAUGAAGAAUCUGAAGGUGAUGGGAGCAAGAAGGUUGAAGGGACUUUCCCCAAUGAGAUGGGCAAGGGAGAUUGCAGUGGAGGUGGGGUUAGUGAGGAGGGAGGGAGUGAGAGAGUGACAAGAGGGGUGGAUGGGGAGGUGCUACUGAGUGCGUGCCAGGCAUUGGUUGGCAUGGCAGCAGCACGGGGGAGUAGGGAUGACAUCACCGUCAUGCUUGUGUCACUUGCCCCAUUUGCUGAGUCAGCAGCAUCUUAG